ACUACAAUCUGUUGGCAGAUGCCCGAGGGAAGCUCCGAGCAAGUUAAGUGACAGGUACAGGCACGCACCUCCCGGGAGGAGGAAGCCCUCCGGCCUGGGGUCAGCCCCAGAGCUCUGAGGGAGGACGACCAUGACCUGCUGUCCUGGGGGACCUUCUCCAACAUGCUCCUAAAGAAGCGGUACAGGGCCGGGCCGCGCAGGCUGCAGUUCCUGGUGGUGGUGUUGAUGCUGGGAUGCUUACUGGUGAUGGGGACCAUGCUGCACCCGCUGCCUCAGGACCUCUCCAGGGACCCCUCUGCCCAGGCUGAGAAGCCCAGCCCCCAAGUGGGCUAUCAGGUGGACUUUGGCAAGCCCCAGGACUGGGUGCUGGAGACAGAGGAAGACAGUCAGGAGUAUUACCCCCUGGAGGGCCUGGCCCCCUUCAUCUCCCUCAAAGAGGAUGAGCUCCUGGUGGCAGUGGCCUCCCCCAGGGACAGGAGGAACCAGAGCCAGCUUAGGAAGGGAGGGGGCUACCGGCUGGUCAAGCGGCAGGGCAGGAAGCUGGAGGAGGGCGCCCUGGCCAGACCCGCCUCGCCCUGGGGGCCCCCGCUGCAAGGCGUCCCCCUGACAGACUCUGACACAGAGGAUGGGGAGCUGCAGCUCGCCAAGCCGGGACUGGACACCUACGGCUUCAACGAAGCCCUAAGUCAGCAGAUCUCUCUGCGCAGGGAGCUGCCGGAGGUCCGCAAUCCCCUGUGUCUGCAGGAGGACUAUGGUGACCAUCUGCCCACAGCCAGUGUCAUCAUCUGCUUCCACAACGAGGCCUGGUCGACCCUCCUCAGAACAGUGCACAGCGUCUUGGACACGGCCCCCAGACCUUUUCUCAAGGAGAUCAUCCUUGUUGAUGACCUCAGCCAACAAGGCCACCUCAAGUCGGCGCUUAGUGACCACGUGGCCCAGCUGGAGGGGGUGAGAUUGCUCAGGAGUAACCGAAGGCUGGGAGUCAUCAAGGGCCGAAUGCUGGGGGCCGCCAGGGCCGCCGGGGACGUGCUGGUGUUCAUGGACUCCCACUGCGAGUGCCACAAGGGCUGGCUCGAGCCCCUCCUCAGCAGAAUCGCCGGUGACAGGAGCCGACUGGUAUCUCCUAUCAUUGAUGUGAUAGACUGGAAGAAUUUUCAAUAUUACCAUUCCACGGACUUGCAGCGAGGUGUAUUUGACUGGGAAUUAAAUUUCCAUUGGAGACCUUUACCAGAGCAUGAGAGGAAGAUGCGCCAGUCUCCCAUCAGCCCCAUCCGGAGCCCUGUGGUGCCGGGGGGAGUUCUGGCCAUCGACCGGCAUUACUUUCAGAAUACUGGAGCAUAUGAUUCUCUUAUGUCCAUUUGGGGGAGUGAAAACCUGGAACUCUCCAUAAGGGUUUGGCUCUGUGGCGGCUCUGUAGAAAUCAUACCUUGCUCCCGAGUGGGGCAUGUUUACCGCAAUCAGCCCCCCAAUGCUUCCCCUGACCAAGAAGCAGCCCUGAAAAACAAGAUCCGAAUUGUGGAGACCUGGCUGGGCUCCUUCAAGGACACCUUCUACCAGCACAGUCCCAAGGCUUUCUCUCUGAGCCAGACUGAGAAGCAGGACUGCAGCGAAAGGCUUCAGCUACAAAAAAGAUUGGGCUGCAGGACUUUCCACUGGUUUCUGGCCAAUCUCUCCCCGGAGCUGUACCCAUCUGAACACAAGCCAGGCUUCUCUGGAAAGCUCUAUAAUUCUGGUGUUGGCUUCUGUGCUGAUUACGUAUCUGGAGAGGGACUUCUUGGAGGCUUGGUGACACUCUCUCCCUGCAGUGACAGCCGGCAGCAACAGCACCUGGAGUAUACCAGCAAGAAGCAAAUAAGGUGUGGGAAGAGCCCAAAGCUUUGCUUUGAUGUGAACCAAGAGGGGCAGCUGACUCUUCAGACCUGCACAGAGGACACGCUCUCCUUGCAGAGGCAGCACUGGGAUGUCCAGGAGAAUGGAAUGAUUGUCCAUAUCCUUUCUGGGAAAUGCAUAGAAGCCACAGAGAGUGACCAUAAGAAAAAUUUGUCCUUGCAAUUGUGUGAUGGGAAAGGCAACCAGGUAUGGAGGUUUGACCAUAUCCAUACUGUGGAUCAACGGUGAGCAUCAAAGACACUAGACAGAAGCUUGCCCUCAUGUAAGGCUGUGUAGGAUCUCCAAGGAUCCCAAAACAGCCCAGGACUUGAAAGGAAAAGGUGCCUUUAUUUGAACUCUUCAGUGGCUUGGACAAUACCGGCAAGAGGCCAUGAAAAGAGCUUGGAUUUCUGAGACCCAGAUUUCCAUCUUAGCUCUAUCAUUUCCUGCUUAUGGUACCCUGAUCGAGAUGCUUCCUUCUUUGGGUCUCAGACUGCUCAUCUGUAAAAUGAGAGGAUUGGCGAGUAUAGCCUCGGAGGGCCCUUCCAGCUCUAAGAUGACAAUCCUAUAAUGGAAUGAGAUGUCCAGGAAAUGUGCAAAAUCUUUGGUUGUUAACGUCACAUCAGUUCUACCUGCAAAAAAGGAUCAAUAUUCUUCACCACUGUAAGAAAAUGAAUGUAUGGGUAGGUACUGAGCUCUUCCUUCAGCUGUGUCAGGAUAAAAAGACUGUCCUGUCAUAAAGCCACAUUCUUCACAUCUGACAUGAGAAAGGAAUUUGAAUAUCUUUGGUCAUGUCUUUGUAGGGGAUGGGCAUCCAAUGCACCGGCUUAUUUGAUCUUGGUCUUUACAGGUUGUCUCUGUGCCCUGUCAUGGCAUGAAGUGAAAGAGAAAACAUUAUGUAGGGUGAUUCCCCCAUGCUGGCCAAAUACGGCCACCACUAUGACCUUGAGUAACCCCUUUUGAGUAUGACCCCUUUUGGUUUCAGUUACCACAAAAUGAGGGGGCUGGAUUUAAAGACCUGUGAGGUCCUUUCUAGCCCAAAGUCUGUGAGCCAAUGGUACUCUAAGUCCACUGGGGAGAAACAAUCAAAGGUUCUUGCUCAAAGAGAGGGAAGAGCUGUGGAAUGGAUGUGAAAGGAAUUGGGUAAGAGUCCACAAGACUUCAAAGCGAAUAUCUGGCUUAGUUGAAUAAUCGCAUCUAAAGGGAAUCAUGAGGUCCAUCUAGGAUGAUGUUGAUCCAAAUCCCUUUUCGUAAAAACGAUGACAGCUUGUAUAUUUCUAGUGCUUUCACAUUCACUAUCUCAUAGAAUGCUCACUACCACGUUGGGAAGUUGGCAGGAAACUGUCCUCUCUCCUGUAGAGUUGGGGCUCGAGGGACUCAUCAAGGUCCCACAGUGAUUUGGUAGCAGAAAACUGAGAUCAGUCCAGUGUCAUCUCCACCAAACUCUGCAGCCUCUUCAGACCCUCUCUGUCUUUUCUACUCCAUGCCUAGGUUCCCACGUCUCUGCCUUGCCCUGGCCCCUGUGUAAAUGAAUGAGAUGUUACUUGUUAUUCCACUUUUAAUCCAUACGACUUAAAUGAGAAAGCAGAGCUGGGAAUGAAUAUCCAGCAGCCAAGGCAAACGUUGAAACAAUGUUGUUCCUAAUACCGUUAUACAUGUGGCUCUCUAUAUUGUUGGCUUCUGACACAUGCACACAUCACUUAACCCCUCAGGGUCCCACACAACUCUCUCUCCAAGACUAGUACAUAUACACAUGUAUAUGAGCGUAUGUAUGUAUGGAUGCUGGCAAUCUGACAUAGCGGAUAAAACACUGGCCUCAAAGGCAAGGAGUUCCUAGUUAAAGCCGGUACAUAUUAGCCACUUGACCCUGGGCACUUCUUUAACCUAUCAGUACCUCCAUGAGAUGUUUUUGUGCCCACAUUUUUGAGUGGUGGCUGAUGUGGAUUCAAAGAGAAUUUUCUCACCUGUAUCAAUGAAAUCAUGUCUGAAUCUCCACCAAAAACAAGGCUAGAGGGCUAGGCUACAAAGUUCUAAUCCUUACUUUUUUGGGCACAAUGAAUAUAUAUAUAUAUAGGAUUGCUGCUGAUGACCAAUUCUCCUUAACAAGAAUAGACUGGGACUCUUGUUGGAGAUGGGGUGGAGAGGAGUAGGAGUGAGGUUAUUCAAUCAAGGGGAAGCAGAGACUGUCAGAAGCUCUCAAAAGAAGGAAUAGGUAGAUGCCCCCCUAGUAAGCCUGAGGUCUUGGGAACCACUGGAGUAGGACAGUGGCUGAUACAUAGUAGGCACCUAACAAAUGUUUGUUGACUUCCUUGGGAAAUGACAAAGUACAAGUUUUGCUUAAAUACAUCAUUAGAGAAUCCUGCUUCUUCAAAAGCUUUAUGCUUGCUUGGAUGAACUGAUUCAUUUCUCCCUAAAUGAAGCACCACUCCCAUUCUCUGAGCAUGAAGGCCUGAGUUUGGAAACUUUCCUCCAAAGAUGUCUAUAUUCUGCAAGAAAUGAAUGGAUUUGAUGCAUUUCAAAUGAGUAAAACAAAACUAAAUAGAUUUUAUGGACUGAAAAAGAUGCAGUAUACUCAACUUCUGUUAGAUGGGCACAUUAGCUUUCCAGUACAUGGUAUUUGAUCCAGUUCUUCCUUCUUCUUCUUCUUCUUCUCCUUCUUCUUUCCUUCCAGAUGGCCUUACUUUAUCUUCGAAGGAAAAAUCAGUGCAAAAAAUGCCUUUUCCUUGUGAUUUGUCUUGGUUUAGAAGAAAUCCAGAAAUUCUCAGCAACAUUUCCAACACUUGAGUGUUGAAAGUUGGCACCAAAAAUUCUGCCACAAGUACUAUGUAGAGGAUAUUCAAAGUAAAAAGAAAAAAAGCAGAUUUUUAAUUUUUACAUCAAUUUUACUGUUGAUCUUUUGUGUGUUUGAACCACAAAUUACUGGGUUAAAUUAAUAUAAUGA